AUGUUGAAAAUGCCGACGACAGUGGUGGUCACGGAGCCAUUAGGCAUCGCUGACAAGUUUUCCAUUGCGUGGCGUAUCCCUUUACUGGUCUUCCGUUGCACGGCCAGGUUUAUUGCAUUAUACCUAUCGCAUGGUGAAGCUUCUAAGCUUCAUUGGCGUCAAAAGCUUGCGCUUGCCUAUCUUCAAGCAUCUCGAGUCACCUUGACGCGCAAGCAACAGGCCCAAAACCGCAAGCGUUUGACUGGCCCUAGAAUUCAAGAAUACUGUCGCAGGCAUAGAUUAAAACACAGAGCUAUAACGGUUCAUGGUGCGACAUUUUCCAAUGAGCGCAGAAUCCCAGACCCUGUACUACAUUUCGUUACAGCCCCUGUGCCACAACCAGGCGGACCGACCAUAUUCUACUCACACGGCGGUGGCUACCACAACCCAAUAAAAGCAGAAGGACAUGUUCCAUUCGCACUACAAUGUGGAUCGGCUUGUAAAGCCCAACAAGUUGUGUUUUUGGAGUAUUCUCUCAGCCCUGAGCACCCGUACCCAUGCCAGCUCGUCCAGGCCGUGGCUGGCUUAAGGCAUCUUCUUGAGCAAGAGGCGAUCCCAACGGAGAGCAUCAUCCUCGGCGGCGAUAGCGCAGGCGGCCACUUGACAGCGAGUUUAUUAACGCAUAUUACUCAUCCAUCUCCAUAUGCGCCUCCAAUUGAUCUCCGUGGUGGUCAAUUCAAAGCCGUUCUCCUGGUAUCCCCUUGGAUGGCGAUGUCAGAGGAGCAGAUUAGCGUCCUUCCGCAAGCGCAUGACGAUUUCUUAACACGGGAGAGUGUUGUUCGAUUUUGGGAUAUGUUCAGACCCGGAUUGAACGAAGUAUGGAGCAAUCGAUGCGACACUCGGGACACGGUCGCGGUGUGGAAGAGGCUGUUUCCUAGUGGGCAUGAUCAUGCGAUAUCUCACAAAGCAAUGCUAGCCGUGGGGACUUUGGAAGUCCUUUAUGAAUCUUGCAUGGGCUUUGGGCUUGACAUUGGCUUUGAUUGUGUGUAUGUCGACAGCCCAGCAGGUCUUGACUCGGUGAGGGAGACGGAUUUGGUUCUUGCCGUUGUUCCGGGCGAGGCUCAUGUCCAGCCUGCUCUGGACAGUGCACUCGGGUACUACGAUGGAAUGAUGAUGAAGGCGAUUUUCAACUUUCUGAGAUCUUGUUAG